GCGGCAACCAGACGGCCUGCGCCCAAUUUGAGCCGAGCACGCACCGUGGCCACCCCCCAAAAGCUGCCGCGGAAAGAGCCCAGAGCGAGGUGAAAGAGGGCAAAAGUGAGUGUGAUCCGGAAAGAAGGUGCGAGGAUUUUUUACUGCCACCCCCAUCCGGAAAGACCUAGGCCUGGCUUGCUUUGCCGCCUUUCUUCUACUACUUGACCUCCUCGUCGGAAAUUCUCUCCACCUUCUUGUUUUCUUCCUCUUAAUAUUCUUUUCCUUUCCUCCAUCCUCACAAAACAAAGUCCCUUGAACAGGCAAGGGCACUUGAGAUAUCUGUUGCGAGCUUCAUCACAGCUCCGACAACUCUCCACACAAGCUCAAUUGACCAGUUUCAUUGCUGCUCUCAGUGUCAACACCAACCAUGUUGGCUUCACGACAGCUCCUGGGCUCCGUUGCCCGGAGCCGUACUGCUGCCAGUGCCCGUCUGGGACUGCGUGGCAUGGCUACCGUUUCUGACUCUCCCCUUGACCGCAAGGUCAAGCAGAAUAUCCACGAGGAGGGCAACUUCAUCAACUACAAGAAGAUGUCCGAGAACCUGUCCAUCGUUCGCCAGCGUCUCAACCGCCCCCUGGCCUACGCUGAGAAGAUUCUCUACUCCCACUUGGACGACCCUCACGGACAAGAGAUCGAGCGUGGUGUCUCAUACCUGAAGCUCCGCCCCGAUCGCGUUGCUUGCCAGGAUGCCACUGCUCAGAUGGCUAUUCUGCAGUUCAUGUCUGCUGGCAUGCCCUCCGUCGCCAACCCCACCACUGUCCACUGCGAUCACUUGAUCGAGGCUCAGAUUGGUGGCUCUAAGGAUCUUGCCCGUGCCGUCGGCAUCAACAAGGAGGUCUAUGACUUCCUUGCCUCUGCUUGCGCCAAGUACAACAUCGGUUUCUGGAAGCCCGGUUCUGGUAUCAUCCACCAGAUUGUCCUCGAGAACUACGCUUUCCCCGGUGGUCUUCUUAUCGGAACUGACUCUCACACUCCCAACGCUGGUGGUCUCGGUAUGUGCGCUAUCGGUGUCGGUGGUGCUGACGCCGUCGAUGUCAUGGCCAACCUUCCCUGGGAGCUGAAGGCCCCCAAGGUUAUCGGUGUCAAGCUCACUGGUGCCCUGAACCCCUGGGUCACUCCCAAGGAUAUCAUUCUCAAGGUUGCCGGUAUCUUGACCGUCAAGGGUGGUACUGGUGCCAUUGUUGAGUACCACGGCCCUGGUGUCGACACCCUCUCUGCCACUGGUAUGGGAACUAUCUGCAACAUGGGUGCCGAGAUCGGUGCCACCACCUCCCUCUUCCCCUUCAACGAGUCCAUGCACAAGUACCUCACCGCCACCAAGCGUAAGGACAUUGGUGACUUCGCGAAGACCUACGCCAAGGAGCUUCGCGAGGAUGAGGGUGCCGAGUACGACCAGCUCAUCGAGAUCAACCUGUCCGAGCUCGAGCCCCACAUCAACGGUCCCUUCACCCCCGAUCUGGCCACCCCCAUCUCCAAGUUCAGCGAGGCUGUCAAGGCCAACAACUGGCCCGAGGAGCUCAAGGUCGGUCUGAUCGGUUCUUGCACCAACUCCUCCUACGAGGACAUGACCCGCGGUGCUGCCAUCGCUCGCGACGCUCUCGACCACGGUAUUAAGUCCAAGGCCAUCUUCACCAUCACCCCCGGUUCCGAGCAGAUUCGCGCCACCAUCGAGCGCGAUGGUCAGCUUCAGACCUUCGAGGAGUACGGCGGUAUUGUCCUUGCCAACGCCUGCGGUCCCUGCAUUGGUCAGUGGGAUCGUCAGGAUGUCAAGAAGGGCACCCCCAACUCCAUCAUCUCUUCCUACAACCGUAACUUCACCGGACGUAACGACGGUAACCCCGCCACCCACUCCUUCGUCGCCUCUCCCGACAUGGUCGUUGCCAUGACCGUCGCCGGCAGCCUCCACUUCAACCCCCUUACCGACAAGCUCAAGGACAAGGACGGCAACGAGUUCAUGCUCAAGCCUCCUUCCGGAGACUCUCUCCCCAGCCGCGGAUACGACCCCGGCCAGAACACCUACCAGGCCCCUCCCGCCGACCGCAGCACCGUCAACGUCCAGGUCUCUCCCUCCUCCGACCGUCUUCAGAUCCUGUCCUCCUUCCAGCCUUGGGAUGGCAAGGACGUCAACGAUAUCCCCAUCCUGAUCAAGUGCAAGGGCAAGACCACCACUGACCACAUCUCCAUGGCGGGUCCCUGGUUGAAGUACCGUGGCCACUUGGACAACAUCUCCAACAACAUGUUGAUUGGUGCCAUCAACGAGGCCAACGGCGAGGCCAACAAGAUCCAGAACUUUACCACCGGCGAGUGGGACGCCGUCCCCGCCGUUGCCCGUGACUACAAGGCGAAGGGUAUUAAGUGGGUUGUCAUUGGUGACUGGAACUACGGCGAGGGUUCUUCCCGUGAGCACGCCGCUCUUGAGCCCCGUCACCUUGGUGGUCUUGCCAUCAUCACCCGCUCCUUCGCCCGUAUCCACGAGACCAACCUGAAGAAGCAGGGUAUGCUUCCUCUUACCUUCUCCGACCCCGCCGACUACGACAAGAUCAGACCCGAGGACAAGGUCGACAUCCUCGCCACCGAGCUCGAGGUCGGCAAGCCUCUGACCAUGGUUGUCCACCCCAAGGAUGGCAAGGCCUUCGAGGUCAAGCUCUCCCACACCUUCAACGCCCCCCAGAUUGAGUGGUUCAAGAACGGUUCCGCUCUUAACACCAUGGCCAAGUCCGCUGGCAAGUCAUAAACGGACAAUGUUACGUUAGCGAUACGGGUCAGGGCGAUAUGUGGUUAGGCGGUGUAGGCGUACCUCUGUUUAUUUAGCAUGUUCUGGGGUGUCGGUCGGUAUAACUAAAGUGUAUGGCCGCGUUACGCCCUUUGUUUUGGUCGGGCAAAUACCUCUGGGACUAUUGUUUUUUCUAUGUCAUGUAGGCCAUGAUUUCCUAGUAUGUACAAAUUUGAAACGUUCAAACAAAAUAUCGACGCAAUGUCACAAGGCGAAAGCGG